AUGAGCACUGCAAACCUUUCUUCCUCGAGCAUUACGAUCGUCGGUAAUAAUUAUCACCGCUACGGUACUUCUGUCUUUGAACAACUAUAUUCUGAAUCUCAACAGUCCAAUUCUAGAUUACAUGCAUCUUUCUUGUUAGAUACAGAUGAUGAAGAGGGCCAUAUUGCAAGAACCGCCUCACCAGCAGUAUCGUUGACUUCUACAGAUACUGUGAUGAGACAUUCUCCAGCAUUGGAUUCCUCGAGCAGUCUUCUUAUUAAGCCUGUAUCGCCGGUCAAGUUAAAGAAACAGAAAUACUCCUCAUUAAUCUCUACAUCGUCCAAAGUUAUCAAGAAGAAACUCAAAGCUGAUCUGUCAUCCAUCCAUCUAGACUCGGAUAGUUUUUCCUUAUUUUCCUCAAAGUCAUCAGCCUCUUUAACGGCUCAGUCUCCGGUUCAAUCCUCGACAAAACCACUUUCAACUUCAAUUUCAAACCCCUCGGAGAUAGUUUCCUGUUCUGGAACGUCGGCUGUUGUUUCCCAUCCGAAAUUGACUUUCCGUAAACUACAAAGAGAUGACCCUUUCAAGACAAUUAAUGAUCUACCUGUGGAGAUCCUUGUUAAUGUUAUUCAAAUGAUCGACAGACAUAAUAAUGGCUCUCAAAAGGUAUUGUUGGCAUUAUUAUCGAUCAAUAAGAACUUCUAUACAUCCACAAAACUGGUACUUUAUCAAUAUCCCAAAUUUAAUUCAACUUAUAGAUUGGCACAAUUCGUCACUUCUAUAAGACAGAAUCCUGAAAACGGGUUAUUAGUUAAAACAUUGGAUUUAUCAUCUUUGAAACCAGGUCUAGUCACUACCUCCUCUGCUGUCACUACCCCAAUUACUUCAGAUGAUGAAUUAUCACCAAUCAAUUCCGCAAAUUCCAACUCAUCUACUAAUGUUGCGUCAUCUUCUGCAAAUUUGAAAAUAGAUAACGAUAUUGCUUAUGCGGGUUGGAGAGAUUGGAGACUCCGUACUGAUCCAUUGUAUAGUUCUCCACUUUUGAACACAAUGAAUUUGAAACGUGUGUCUUCCAAUACAAACAACUCUUCUGUAUCGAAUUCAACUUCAAACUCAUCCACCCCAAAGAGGAAUAGAUCUUCUUCAGUCACAUCCUUCAUGUCCUCAUUACAUCCUUCAAUCUCACAUUCAGAAAAUAUCUUGGGUUCAGCCACUCCUUCUUCCUCUUCUCCCUCUUCUGUUUCUCCUACAACUCCAAACAAUAGCAAUACCCCUUUAAAAAGAUCAAUCUCAAACACUACACCAUUAUCGAAAACUACAAGCAGUUCGAGUCUGACUUCAAAUACUUCCAAAACUUGGUCCAAUUUAAGAUCUACUUUGAAAAAUAAAUAUCAAAAGAACAAACAACUAUCUUCUCCAAUGCCAAGUCCUGUAUUGACUCAAUCAUCCACUUUUAGUAAUUCUCGUUCGAAUUCCCCACCAAAUUCUCGUUCCACUAGAUCAUCUCAUGCUACUCGUUCAAGAAAUAGUUCCAUCUCUACAACUGCAACAGCAAUUACUACUACUACUGCCACUACAGUUUCAACAAGGGCUAGAGCUCAUAGUGCCAGUUCAAGAAGAUCUUCAGUAUCAACAAAUAUCAAUAAUAGUAAUAGUAAUUCUACAGCUCAUCCUUAUUGUAAUAAAUAUUUAUUGAAGUAUGCUUCCUAUUGUGAUAUCCCAGUAGGUUAUAUCCUUCACUUAUUACAAUCUUGUCCAAAUUUAAUUAAUUUGAAUCUGUCAAACGUGGCUUUAGCUAAUGAUUUUAGAAUUGUCUCUAAAAGAAAUAUUAAACCAACAAAUGAUGCAAUGACUAAAGAUUCUCAAUCUUCUUUACCAACUUUAAGAGAAUUUGAACAAUCAACCUCCACUUUGAAGAAAUUAAACAAUUUAAGAAAUUUGGAUGUCAUCUAUUUAACUGAUUCUUCCAAAGAUUAUGAUUAUUAUGAAAAGAUUAAUACUUCAUAUAUGAACAAGCAUAAAAAUCUUUUAACCACUCCCACCACUAUGAGAAGAAAUUCAAACGCAAGUUUAGAACAAACUUCGCCAGAACGUUGGAUUAAAUCUACUCAUGUUUCCAGUUCAUUUACAAUCUCCCCUGUGAAUAAACGUUCUAUCUCCACUUCCGCUAUCAUGACAUCAAACACUCAAAAUGUCACUCCUCCUUAUAUCUUGGAGAAAUUAACAGGUAAUGAUAUUUUCAAUUCUAUCAAUUCUUUAAAUUCUUUACAAAACAUUCAUAUUGAAAGUACCGUUUGGUGUAGAUCUCUGAUAAUCAAAAAUUUUAUCUUUAACCAAUUAUUAAAUUUAACUUCGAAUUCUUCUUCAGUUUUGGAAAAUUAUUCUUAUUUGGAUAAUAAUGAUAAUUUAUCGAUUACCAAUGAUAAAUAUUUCAAUUUUAAAAAAUCGGGAUUGAACAGGCAUCUUAACUGGGCUACAAAGGGUCAUUUUAUCGAUUUUAUAGCGUUGAUCGUUUUAGAUGAAUUAGAAAAUUUGGAUGAUUUGGAUUUAGAAGAUUUAUUUAGCAUUAAAAGAGCAAGGGAUCCUUUAAAUCAUUUACAAUUAUUGAAAUAUUUACAAAAGAAGAAUUCAAAGCAUAAUAGUAAAUAUAGAUCUACAGAUAUUAUUGAAUCGUCAGAAAAAUUCAAUAUUAGUUUUGAUAGACAAAUUGCAUUACCAACAUCUUCCACUUCUAACGAAUCAAAUAACUGUAAUUCAGAUUCAAAUUCAGAAAAACAAACUAUAGAAUUCCAAUUGAUUGUCGUCAAUUCUUCUCAUCGUACAAGAAUUGAAAUUAAAAAAAUCGAUAAUUUAAAAUAUGUCUUAAUCGUCAAAUUAUGUAAUAGACAAAGACGUGAUUUUGAAAUAUCUGCUCACCGGAAAAUCGAUAGAUCUACAAGAAGAAUAUUGAGUAGAAUUAAAGAAUUGAUGAGUGAUGACUUAAGAAGAAAUUUAGGUGGUAACAAUUAUUUAAUGACCAUCUAA